AUGGACAUAGUAGGUCCCUUGCACCCUAGCAACGGCUUUAUGUAUUGUUUAACAAUCAUUGAUCGGUUUUUCCGCUGGCCAGAAGCGAUUCCAAUCCUGGAUAUUACUGCAAAAACAGUAGCCAAGGCGUUUUUUGAUAACUGGGUCGCUCGUUUCGGUGCACCUAACAUUCUCACGACCGAUCAAGGUCAACAAUUUGAAGCGCAGCUCUUCUCAGCCCUUCUCAAAUUAAUCGGAUGCAAACGCAUUCGUACUACGGCUUAUCACCCUGCCGCUAAUGGCAUGAUCGAGCGUUGGCACCGCACCUUCAAGGCGGCAAUUAUGUGCCAUAACACGCCGAACUGGGUGGAUGUCCUCCCCACAGUACUACUCGGGUUACGUACCCAUUUACGUAUGGACACAAAAGCCUCUCCGGCUGAAUUCUUGUACGGUACGGUAUUACGGAUUCCGGGAGAAUUUUUCCUCCAGGAGGAGUUUACACCGGAUCCCCAAAUUUUUGUAGACGACUUUCGACAGCACAUGCGUCAGGUGAAGCCGGUACCUGUGGCACACCAUUAUAAAAAGCGCGUUUUCCAAUUUAAGGAAUUGUCGAAGUGUUCGCACGUCUUCCUCCGUAAGGACGCGGUUAAAAAGCCCUUAGAGCGGCCUUAUUCGGGCCCCUUUAAGGUACUUGAUAGGACAUCGGAUAAAGUCUACAAUAUAGAAAUUAACGGCAGACCCACGGCCGUAUCAAUAGAACGGCUCAAGCCGGCUCACUUUAUACCGGACGACAUUACGAUCGCUAACGAUUCAUCCACGUCCAACGCUACGGACAAGCCUUCCGCUUCGGCAAGCGCUUCGUCCGAUACCGUGAAAACCUAUUCUGGUCCUAAAAAGAAAGUACAAAUCAGACUGGAUAAAAAUACGGUACGUACAUCCCCUCACUAG